UGGCGCAGGGCCAGUAGGAUCCACCGAUAUAAAGAUCUACGGUCACACGGGCCGGGAGGUCACUCGUUUCCUCAUCGUCGUCCAAGUGCAACGGGACAGUGAGUGAUACAACAGCGAGCUGAUUCCUAUCCCCGUGUUAUGGGCUCGUCCCUGUGACAACGACUGAUUUUACACUUCCAUCAAUUUGUAUUUCACUCUCCUUUGCUCGGAAGUCGAUCGGAACGACGCUGGUUUGUGGCUGGUUUGUGUCGCGUAGACGAGCGCUGACUAGCGUCGAAUCGAGGGGAGAUAUAUACUGGAUCCAAGCAUUCAAGAAGAUCACGAUGCAGAGAAGACUCGCUGCGCGAAAGCUCCUGUUGGCAAUAGUGUUGACGACCUGUUUGUCAAUGGUGGCAUCAUUAUCGAGCAGGGAAAGGCGGCACGUCGGCGCGGAGGUACCGAGUGAUCGAGUAGACAGGACGCGCACGCCGGCCGGCCGUAGUAGUAUCAAGUCAUCGACCAGCAGAGACAACGAGAUAACUACGGAAGCCGGAAGGAAAGUGUCACACAGGCUGAUUGGAGGCCACUUGCGAGCGGACGCGAGGCAAGAAACGCUCUGGGAUGACGGUAUCCUCUUGUCGUCCGCUGGCAACGGCAGGGAGACGAAGGGGGCCACUAGCCGCAAAGACGAGGACGACGAGAAGAAAACUCUCUCCCAGCAGGUGAAAGAGGGGAAAUACGGUCUCAUACAGAACGAGAUCUACGGGAGCCAAGAACCUAAACGGCCAGGGAUAAUCAGUUACUUGGGCAAUCCGGAAGUGCCGAAAGACACGAUCGACAAUCUCGGUGGCCUCGACGAGGACGAGAUCUGGCUGGCUGAGAAUCACGUGCUGGUGCUGAGGGGAGGCAAGUUUCCUGGCCACGAGACGUCGCAAGGCAGCGGAGACAGCACGCAGACCUGGCCACCGAUCGACGAUUACAAAGCACCGAGAAGACAAGUCAAGAUACCAUCGAAACCGAAGGUACCGCCGCCCUUUCCGGUACAGCUCGCAGAGGGUGGCCCGAUACAGAUCAUCGGAACGAACGGCACCAAAGAGAUCGGCAACGGGACAGUCGACUACAGAAAGGAACCGUUGCUCACCAAGGGGCUGCUACCGGAUGAUGGGCCGCUUCUCGCUGUUAUAGCCAACGGGACGAUUCUAACGCCGGAGAGCUCGAGGAACGCGUCCUCCGAGGAAGAGAACUCGAGCGUGAGGAACAAGGACGACAAAUCCGACAUCCUACCGCCUGGAAGUUUCCCGCCAUUUUACCACGCGAUUCCACCCGGCGCUGUGUUCGUACCACCGCCGAGCAAUCACUCGGAUUACGACGAGGAUGAUCAAUCCAUUUACUAUCCACCGCCGUACAGUUUCCAGUAUCAACAGGACAAUGCGACAGCUGUGCCGCCAGGUCCUCUCGUCCCAGGGAUCAUUCUUCCACCACCGCCAGACUUCUUCUCCGCUCUCGAAGAGAAGAAGACCACGACGAAGAAGUACGCGAAGCGACCCGAAACGACUCCCGUACCGAGACCCAGGCCUACCUAUCUACCGCCGAGGAAACUGACCACGAAGCAACACAAGAGUCCCACCACGGAGUCAGACCUCUCCCGAGCCACGAAACUUGGACCAUCUGUCACUGUUACGUCAGGCAUUACGAAAACGUACGGUCGGGCAACGUACAAAAAUUUGACGAGCAAAAGUAGCCUCGCUGCUACCGGCAAGCCCCCCAGCGUAAGAACGAUUCCGUACACAGAGGUUACGACAUCGCUGCCCGAUAAAUCGACCACGCUCGAUAACCCAGACUUCUACAACAUCGGCCCGUUAACGGAGAAUCAAGUGACCAGUCAAGAGAACGCACACAAGCAGAAGGAUCAAGCUUGGUCGGGUCUAGUGACCAGUAAAACGAUUCCGAUAGUGGCGUACUACGCCACGUCAACGCAGUCCACCUUGGAGAGGCCUGUGGAGGUAACGCCGGCCUCGAUAAAGAGUAUUAUUACUACCAGCAACCCGGAACGAUCGCCCAGCCAGGCUUCUUACUACUUUUACGAGGAAUCCCACGAGCCUCCCCUUCGAGCCACCACUCCGAAUCCGUCGUCGAUUUAUUACAAAACUACCACCGAGUCGCCUUUCUACGAGACGGUGACACAACCGCGGGCAGAAGAGAAGAAGAAACAGUAUUACAGCGUGGAGACAGUCCCGUCGCGGCAAACGUCGAAGGACUACAGUAUUAAGUUUAUCGGCUCGCCGGUGAAAAAUUCCGGGCCCGUACGUUACAGCGACUCGACGGUCACGCAAAGUUCAUCCAAGUACGAGAGCGGCUCGGCGAGAACUCAGGGUCAACGUAUGUUACCCGAUCACGCGCCUCUUUACUAUCAGGCCAUAUCUGUUCGUCCGGUGGUGCCCGUGCAGUCCUAUUACACCACCUCGAAGCCGCAGACCUAUUACAGGCAAGAAGCGAAAUCGAAGCCGAUCUACCAGUACAGCUUCGAGGCGACGGAGUACUCGAAGCAACAGCAAACCAACGUGUUCAACGAGUAUCAGAACGUGAAAGACGACGGGAGGUACAGUAAUCAUCGAUACGAUUACGAGAACGAAUCGAUGCCUCGGAAGAGGGUCAGACCGCAACCGUACAAGAAUCAGCAACCGAUCUAUCCUUCGACGACGGCGCACACGGCGAUUAGCACGACCGACAAUCCUCAACACUCCUAUUACACGCAACAGGACGAGAAGUUCUUGGACGACGUGACGAAGGAAUAUUUCACCAUCUUCGGCAAGAAGAUACCGCACAAGGGUAUACCGAGCACGACUCCCAUAUACUCCAAGUCGAACAGUAUCACCGAACGGCCAGAUUACAACGUGAACGCCUACGUGGAGAGUUACAACACGCCAGAGCCACCUGUGUACAAAACACCUAACGUCAAGGUGCACUACGGGGACCAAUCUCAAAGGCCGUACUCCCUCAAAGACGACAUUCUUGUCAACUACAGGCAGCCUCUGCCUCCCAUCAACCCCGACAGCGAGUUCAUCACGGUGGUCGAUCCGAGCCAGCAACAGCCACCCGAUUACAGGAUAGCCAACAGAGAGGACCAACCACUGGCACCGAUCCGCGCCUAUCCAUCCCAGCCGUUGGCGAAUCCACGAAACGGUGGUCCACCUACCAACUACGUGCCGGUCGUCGAGUCUUCGGAAGAAUUGGACGAGGCAUACCCUCAGCUACCCAUAUCGCUGGAAGACGACAUCAAAGUGAACUACCGCGACCCACGACCAACCAUAAAUCCGGACGCCGAAUUCAUCGACCCGAUCCCAGUGCACGAGAAUCAUCCGGAAAAGCCAAAGGCCUAUUUCGCGUACAGGCUGCCAGGCGACGGGGGCCACUUUUACUUCCUAACGCCGCAAGCGAUCACGCAGAGGCCGGACCAAACCGCCGGUCACCUCUUCCCCAAAUCGAGAGGAGCCAGACUGCUGAGACGUCGACGGAGGCCAACGGGCAACGUGUGACACCUCGUACGCGACGAGGUAGCCGCGCAACGCCAUACGAAUCAUCGAGGACGCACGAUGGAAAUGCGUGUCAUAUGGAACGCGACGCGAGAAUCGAUGACGAAAUACCGUUCUGUACCGUUAUAUUAGAAUAUUUAUUUUACGUGUAAAUAUAUAUAUAUACACACACACACACAUAUGUAUGUAUACGUAUAUACCUUGUAUGCGUAACGUAUAAUCAAGUUCGAUGAUUAUCAACGCCUCAUUUACGCUACGUAGAAUGCUUAAUUUAUGCGACCUGACUUUUUCCUACCCUGCUCCCUAACCCCGCUUUAGAUUGAUACAGAUGCGAUGUUGUGUGUAACGCCGCUCGCGUGCGACGAUAGGUAUGCGCGGGGCUUUUGAUCGACCGUUCGUACUCGCGCGUUGUCUGUGAUUAAUGAUCGAUCGCGUAUCGUGUACAUAUAGUUGUUACUGACGACGUAGAGAUAUUCAAUUCCGAGCGUAUUUUUAUAAACCGUUAUAUUCGAAAUAUGUUACAUUUGACCGCGCAUGCAUGAAAUAAAGUUCAAAAAGACGAAAUUUCCUACAUCUUGUCUAGAAUUUCAAGGACGAUGCAAGAUGGUACAAAUUUGAUUGCAAUAUCGAUACUGUUUUGUUUUACUUGCUGUACGAGACUCUACGAAUUUUCAAUUGAUCGAUAAAUUUAUUGUAAAUAUAUAUGUGAUGCGAGUCCGAGUGACGUUCUUAAUAAAAAUUAAUAGGUAGUACUAUCAUAUAUAUAGGAUUAAACUAAAAUGUAAAUGUAUCCUUUUCAAACAAUACGUGACUUCCAACUGAUAAUGGCAAAUGAUCUUUGAAAAAUCGAUUGUUUAUAAAGUUACGAAUAAAAAUAAACGUUUAAAAAUCUGAA